UUAGUUGAGAAGCGGCCAUCAACUGAAAGUAACCUUCCUUACAUGAUAAUCGCAAUUGGAGUGAGUGCCGCUGCUGGUUUCAUCCUGCUGAUUUCACUGGGUUUGAUGUACUUCUAUGGAGUGUUAUGCUGUGUGAAACAAAAGAAGGACCAUGGAAAACACAAUCAGCCAGAAGGUCAAAUGGUGGACCUGGGUGAAUAUACUGAAAUAGCACCAGUACCUCCAUCUCACGCCUCUAAAUCAACUACAAGCGACUACAUGGACUUGAAGCCUAUUCCUCGCACCAACACUGACACAACUACAAGCUACUACAUGGACUUGAAGCCUAUUCCUCGCACCAACACUGACACAACUACAAGCGACUACAUGGACUUGAAGCAUAUUCCUCGCACCAACACUGACACAACUACAAGUUACUACAUGGACUUGAAGCCUGUUCCUCGCACCAACAAUGACACACCUACAAGCAACUACAUGGACAUGAAGCCGAUUUCUCCCGCCGACAAUGACGAAUACAUCAGUCCUAGUGCUACUCGAAAGUGUCCUGAGGCUGUCUAUGUAAAUAGGGACAUGACCGAUGAAAGUGCGCUGCAAAACGACCCAGACAAUCAAGAUUGUGUUAGUCCUAUUUGAAAGUGUGAUGGGGCGGUAAAUGUGUAUAUAGAUCCUCAAUAUAUCAAUAUCCUUCCCACAGCACAAGAAGCUAAUGCUAAAACAACCACUACAUAUAUGAACAUGUAUCCCAUACCGCCUAUGUCGUCUCCUUAACAUGAUUCAUUAACGAUACAGAAGAGUGGCGCACUGGGUAAAUCAAAAGUUGAAUGUGCUAACACAUGAAGAUAGCCUCAUCAGAAAUGGUACAACGAUUCCACUUAACUAACAUUACAGAGUCCUUACUCAGAAAAAAGGGAAGCUUACACCGUCAAAAGUUUUCGUGGAUCAAAGUCGGUGAAGGUUUGCAUACAUAUGAGUUUUUGUUUUCAUUGUGUAAAAGGAAACAUAUAUUCUGAAAUAAUUUCACAUGUAAAAAUAUCAAGAACAUAAAGAAAAACUAGAAUUAGAAAAUAUGUGAUGCCCAAAACUGUACGAGUAGGCUUAUUUAUAGUUUAUGAUUCAUGUAAUUUUCUAUAAAAUACUAUUGUCGUGAUUGUAUCGAAUUUAUCACACCUCUAAAGUAGAGUAAAUGAGUGAAUGUGUAAAUUACACUCCAUAUUUCAGUAGUAAUAUUAAGUUAAUAUUAAGAGAAUGCCGCAUGUUAUGUAUUUAGAUUGAUAUAUUUUUUUAAAUAUAUAAUCAUAAUUUACUCGAAAGGUAUAGAUCGUCUUUUAUUCGGUUCCAUCAACAUAUUGUAAGCUAUUCUACAUUCGAUUUUAGAACAUACUGCUAAUGCAGGUAGAUAUAAUGUUUGGCGCCUUAUAAAUCAUAUGUAUUAUUAUUAUUAUUAUUAAAAGGUGGACCCCUAGCAUAACACCAUGAUCUUUUGCAAACGUUGCACAAGUGAUUCGUUUGUAUUAAAACAGUUUUACGUAAAUGUCCAUGUUUAUCUUGUAUGUAUACUUAUCACUUAAACAUCUAAAUAUAUCUAUAUUUGCUGGUUUAUAACGAACAAUAAAUAUUAACUGAUUCAAAAGAAUAUGCUGUAAAUAUGGAAUUAUACCUACUAUCGUAUGUUAUUAGGAUUUCUUGCACCGCUUUUGUUACUAUGAUUUCAAUUUGGGUUAAAAUCUGUCACAUUUACAUGAAUUUGAAAAUCGGACUUUCGUAAGCUUAACAUGUAUGAUAAAUGUAUUAUAAUGAUGAUGUUUAAAUGAAAAUUCAUAUUUCAAUAAUUGUCGAAGGAUAUCUGUAAAAUAUUUCAUCUUAAAGCAACUACUAAAUAAAUGUAGCAAAUGCAUGUAAAAUAUCACAACCUGCUUAGGUUUAGAAUGCAUUGUGUAUCGAUUAUAUGCUAUAUUUAAUGUGUAUGGC